CCAAGACGUGGCAGAUCUACCGGGAUGUAUAAAGCGCAUUUUGUUAUAUACUGUAUCCUGUGCUGUUUUGUCUUGUGUCUCGCUUGGUUGGAGAAAACUAACAAACGGAACAUGGAAGAAAUGAAUACUCCACAUUCAAUGGGAAGUGGACAACAGCAUCAGCAUCCAAUGAACCACACUAGGCCAUUUUUCUAUGUACAACCACCUUCUCAACCUUAUUUCUUAUACCAAUGGCACAUAAACAAUUCCUACAGUCACUAUGGCUUUCCUGGGUCAGGUUUAUCCUAUGGACGGCCUUAUUUGCCACCUUAUCCGUACAUGCAAUAUCCAGGAUAUGUUGUCCCACAGGCACCAAUGCAGCCAAUGGACUAUAGAAGAAUGUUUAAUCCCCACUUUCCAUCCACUGGGACUUCCGAUCUACGAUAUAGAUGCCACCAGACACACAUGCGACGGGAAACUGCUUGCUCUGAGGUUCAGACUGAACCCAGUGAAGCAGUAGAGCAGUUAAUGAAAUGUUUUGGCAAAAUGGAGACUUGUGAUCCAGGUAAUAAAGAAUUGGAUUCAGGCAUGGUCUCCCAAAGUUCUGGAACAUGUUUGUCAUCUGAUGAGCAGAAGCAGUUUUCUCUGUGUGGGCACACGGGUCUGCUACAGAGGAGUGUCCCUUUGAGGAAAAAAUCUGAAGAGAAGCCACCAUCCCAUAAGCUUUUCAAUGAAUCCACUUCUGCUGAAUUAAGGCAGGACAGACUGGAUGCCCUGGCUCAUCGUGAAGAGUGGUCUGUUAGUUCAUGUGAAGGUGUUCUACCACUUGAUAGCUCUUCUGUUCAUGAAGACAAUGUCCUACAAAAUGUAUAUUCAGAAGAACAUGAGGAACAAUGUGUACCAACGUUCCCUGACACAAACUGCCUUUCCAAAGUGGAAGCUGACAAUGGUUCCGUCCAUUCAAAUUGGGAAAACACAUUUGCUCAUGAUAGCAAAAGCCAACCUGAAAAAGUGAUAAGGAAGGGCCACCUCCAAGGUGUUGAGCAGAACUGUGACAUAGCCUCGACACCAACUAGUGAUUCUUUGUGGACUGUUGAGCCAUUGACUUCUUGCCUGCCUUUUGCCAGUUGUCUUGUUUAUGAAGGUGUUGAGCAAGAUGGCAAAAGUGGGUUCAAAAAGUCCAUUCCGCUUCUGAAAAGUCCAGAAAAGAAAGCAGGAGACCAUGAAAUUGCAGAAAAGCAUUUGCCCAGCAGUGAGGAUUUGAAGUUCAGAAUCAUGAAACUGCCUUUUUACACCCAAGAAGAGCUGCAAAAAGACAAUCCCCUGUGGUCUGUGGAUUCGCUUAACUCUCUUGUCCCCCCUGCAAGUUGGUUGUCUACAAUUGGGAAUGCAUAUUACAGCUACUAUCCACAGGCUGCACAAGAAAGGCAGAGUGUCCUCAGUGCAUCUCUGGAUGAGCUUUCCUCGAGGGAUGAGAUGUUCUCAACAGAUAUGGAAGAUAUUGAUAUAAUACCUACUCAUGUUUACAAAGGAGAGAGAGUUGAUCAUGACACAAAGAUGCAGGAGCAUGCUGACAGUGAAGACUACCACAAUUGUUCCUUGAAUGAGGAGUGCCCAGUUUGUCCUAAAAAGAAAAUGUGUGCAACCUGUGGAUCUUGUUUAUCCAACGAAGUGGUUAAAACCAAAGUUGCGGUGCCUGGCCUUGAUGACAAUGAAGAGGAGGAGGAGGAUGAUGAGGUUAUUGAGGAUGAAGAUGCUUCAGAAAUACCAAAGAGUCAUGAGCCCUUGAAAGCUGCCAGUUUAAAAAAGAUACCCCCUCCAAAAAGACCCUCUCAGCCUUGUUCUGCUGCAGUACAGUUUCCAAAGCAAAAAUCUAAAAAAGGCUGUUGUGAAGAAACUGAGGGCUCUGCUUGUCAUGAGGAGCACGGACUGGGCUGUUCUGAUGUAGAUGAGGAACAAAAGACAAUGGCCAAGGCAGAGAAGUUUAAAGGUCAAGAACAAAGAAACGUUUCACAGAAACAAAUGGUGAGACUGUGUCGUGAAGGCACAGCGACCACAUCUGACCAGGAGAGUUGGGAGAGUUAUGGAGCCAGACCAAGGAAUAAGCCUUUGAAACCGUAUCCACAACCGAGGGGAAGAGGCCAAGAAAGACCUCACAGAAAGAGGCCGCCUUGCAAGACAGUUGUGUACCAGAGGUCCAGGAGAAAUGAAUAUGAUGAGAAUGAAGAGGGGGAGUUUCCAAGAAAUCAAAGGGGCAGAGGAUAUGGCAAGAGGAGGGGCACAAGAUACUGAAGUUUCGCACUGCAGGACUUAACACAAAGAAUAUACACGGAGCACAGUAUAUUAAAACAUUAACGAACGCGUGUUUUUGCAUUUUGAAUUGUUCUAUUAGACAGCAGAGAACAACUUGCUGCAAGGACAAAAAAGAGCUGUUUGCACCGAUCAGUAUUGCCAAGCUCAUUUCUGUUUAGCAGCCUUCUCAUAGAGCACUUAAAGUGAUCUGUUCCAUCUCCAUGGUUAUGUACACCUGCUGUGACAGUUCUCCAGGAGGGGGGAGAUCCCUGCAUUUAUAGUAUUGAAGUCUCCACUUUUUUUUAUUUUAUUUUUUUUUGAGACUUGUAGUAACCCUGUUCUCCCUCCUUCUGCAUGAAUUGGACAGUCUGCUCCUUUGAAUGGCUUGCACAAGUGUUUUGGGCAGUGGAAAUACAGUGAGAGAUUAAAAUUUCAGAAGUGAAUUUGUCAUUUAAACUGACUAAACAAUAUUCUGUUCAUUUGUUAUGGUGCAGGUAUUGAGCAUUGAAAUGUACACUUCUGUA